GCGCCUGGGUCAGGUCCGAGCAGGGUUUGAGAAGCCACGUGAUCUCGGCCAAACUCAAAUCAGGUGACGUUGCCAGUUCCAAAUCGGGGCCGCGCUCAGCCGGACAGCCGAAAGGGUUUUGUGUCCAAAUUAAGUUUUUCUUUUCUGAGUGAUUUGCUCGUCCGUCGCUCAGCCAUCACCGCUCUCGUCGCCUGUUUUGGUGGUCCUUUUUGUCUCUUUCUUCUCCUCUUCUCUUCUCUACUUCUCUUCUUCUUCUUCUUCUUCUUCUUCUUCUUCUUCUUCUUGUUCAUCCUCAUCUACCUCGUAUCAUUCAUCACCUCACCUCCGCGAUGGUCUCCAUCCGCUCCCCCUCCCCUCCCCCAGACCUCUUCCGUAAAGGCCCCUUUCCCUUCCCUCCCCCCGACUCCGCCUUCUUCUCCGCAGACUCACCACAUCCCGACUUCGCCCCCUCCUUCCCCCCCGGCGGCGGCCCUCCUCCCCCUCCCUUCCACGGCGGCGCCCCCGGCCACUUCCGCCCCGACAAAAACUCCUUCGGUGCCGGCUCACACGCGCCCCCCUGCUCCGCUCCCGGCUCCGCGAUCCCCCAACUCAUCGUGCUCGUCUACAUCUUCGCCAUCUUCUUCCUCGUCAUCUCCCGCCGUCUCGAGCGCCCGCGCCGCCGCCUCUCCACAUGGGCCAGCGACUGCCUCCGCCAGAUCGUCGCCUUCGCGGCCUCGAACUUUGCAGUCAUCGCCGUCCUCAGCUCGACCCACGCCCCCGGCCAGGUCCCGUUCGCGUCCUCGCCCGUGCUGUCGUGCCGUGUCCCGACCGUCGCUGAUUUUCUUGAUACCACGCUCGGCUUGAUGCUGUUCUGGCCGGUGCACACGGGACUCUACGCGGUCCUGCGCCUCAUCCCGGCCUUCAAAUCCCUGCGCUCGGGCGUCUACCAGUCGUCGGUCUCGCUCUUCUUCCUGCAGACCUCGCUGCUCGCGCUGUGUCUUCUCAUCGCGAAACUCACGGUCGCGACGAUGGUCACCGAGUUCAUCGGCCUCGAUACCAUGGUCGUAAACGUCCUCCUGCGGUGGACAUGGCACAUCGGUCCCGGCGCCGAGGUACUCAUGAUCAGAGCGGUCUACCCGCUUCUCUUCGCGACCACGCAGCUGCUCGUCGUCGACCGCAUCAUCCGCCACAAGUCGCACUCGCUGCUGCGCAAGACCAGCGCGGAUUUCUGCGACGAGGCGCAAGAGCCCAUGAUUCAGAGCGACAACUACUACAGCUUUUCCUCCGCCGCGCCUGGCGCGUCCACCGUCGCCCCCACCCCUGCUCCUGCUACCGAGCAGCGGGCGCCGCUCGAGGUCCUCACCGUUGACCCGCGCACAUCCGCAGACCUGCCGUCGUGCGACUUCUUUGAAGCCUCGCCCUCGCCGUCGACACACUCCUCCUCUUCCUCAUCCUCCUCCUCCUCCGACGCCUCCUCAACCUGCUCCUCCCCGUCCUCCAUCUCGUCAUUCACCUCCUCAAUCACAUACACAGACAACCUCCCCGACCGCUCGCAAAUCAUGAACGUCCUGCUCACACCGCCCGACCUCGCUCCCGCAGCCACAACCCCCGCUCCGCCGGACUACCCGCUCGCCCUUCCCGAGGACGAGGACCACGCCGGCGAGGAGCUGCCGACUUAUGACGACAGUCAACGGCAGGCGCUGCAGGUUCGCGAGCGCGAGAGACAGCGGGUGAUGGACGUCAAGCGUCAGCAGAAUCUGCUGUAGACAGUGCUUUAACUUCUUUUUUUAUUUUUUUACAACUUACGAUUUGAAUACGAGGAAAUACCAAAACAACAAAAAAACACACAGAUAUAUCUUUCAUAUUUUUUAUUUUGCUGGACUGGUUUUUUAGGGAAAAUUUAGCCGGAGUACUCAUCUUUUUUUUUCUUUUUCAUAUACUUCUAUUUACGAAUGCCAGAAGUGCAAUCUUUAGUUUUUGUUUUCUGAUGAUUUGUUUGUGCUUGGUUUUCUUGUUCUGCUAUAUUAUUUCUACUUUUGUGUUUUCGUUUAUGUUAUUACUAUGUGCUUUUGCUGGACCAGUACGUUUCGUCAUGUCCUCUAGCGGUUUGGAUCGUGACGUAUGGCUGUGACGUCGGUUUGCUUCCCGGUUUGUUUCUACGUGCUACGUUGUUUACGUCUAAUAGGACUUUGAAUAUACAUUACUUUAACAAUAGCUCGAUUGAUUGCAUGUAGGGAGAUUUUACAAU